GCAUGUGCAACUAUACCUGGCAUGGCUCUCGGUGGCCACAAACGACGGACGGACGGACGGCCUGCCGGACAGACAGGCUUCAAGUCCAGUCCACCAAAUUGUACUUGAAUAUUGGUUCUGCAUCCUGCAGUUGCUUCAAGCCUUUCUUUACAGGGAACAGGUACUCCGCCUCCCUAUGCUAUGAUUCCCAAUAAGCAUUGGCUGUAGCUGUUGCCUCCUGCCCUGAUCCCUGACAUCGAUCGGCUGCUUGCUUGCUUUCUCUGUCCUCAGUAGUGUUUCUUUGCUGCUUGCUCGGAGUUUGACUUGUGUGAGUCCAUCCUUGUGUGCCUGUUCUAACUCUGAUGACUCUUAAAUCCAAUCUAUCUUCCGAGUGUGGUGUGGAUUCUUUACUUGAACAUACAGCCGCACUUCCAAGAUCCUCCCCUACUUCUCUGUCUCGUUCUCACAAGUUCCACAUCUGCUAUCCCUUUUUCAUCCUAGGAAUUGACCAAGCACGCCCUUAGCUUUAUGAUACGUACGUAUCUUGCAGGGGAGGGGACGGACAAAUCACAAAUGGAGAUUAUUCCAUCAUGGCAACUCGAUUCGUUUCUUGAGGUGCUAUGCAAUCCAAUCCAAUCCAACGGCCCCUUCCACAGCUACCGCAAAAGAUGGAUGUGGUGAGCUUUCCGACAUCUAGCUAGCUUUGCUUGCUUGCUUGCACAAGUCCGUCCGUCAGUCAGUCAGUCAAUCCCCACUCUUCACAGUAGACUAGAGAGAAGAGAUCAGAGCUCUGAUCUUGGACUUGGCCACAGAAAUGGAGAAGAUCAAAGCUGCGGCCUAUUUGCUAUUCUUCUCCUUGCUUGUGUCUCACACACUUGGCUCAUGUGCUUCCAUCAAUCAACAAGGGAAAACUCUUUUCAGAUCUGGAGCAGAUACACCAGCUGGAUCUUCCUCAAACCGGGGACUGAGUUGCUCAGACGAAGGCAAGGCGGUGACCUUAAAAGGUAGGAGUGUCAUCCAGAGACGGCUCCUACAUCAAUGGGAUCACCAAGUUGCAGAAUCACCCAAGUCUAAUGGAAAUGGAUCUGAAAGAAGGACGAUACCCCACUGGGCCAUCCACACAUUAGCCAUCAGUGGAGCAGUUCUCUUUGUGGUUGCAUCUGCAACCGCCAUGUAUCUACUCUUUUCUCGUCGAAAGAAGGAUAAUACUGUCAUGCCUUGGUCUACUGGGCUCAGUGGACCGCUCAGGAAAGCCUUCGUGGCAGGUUAUGGGAAGAGCACAUUGCAUCAAAAUUUCCUAUAAUUUGAGUUUUCAGGAUAGAAAAUACUACCAACUUUUUUUCCUAGACAUAACCUAAGUUGUUAAAUUUUCUGUACCUUGUGGACAGGUGUUCCUUCU